GGCAGCAGCUGCCAGGGCUCCCUGGAAGGCCAAGGAACCCCGCCCCAGCAUAUAAAAGGAGGGGGCGGGGCUCAGGCUGGCCCUGGCAGCCUCGGCUGCCCGCUGGCCCACCGGCUGCAGAUCGAGCAGGUGGAGGACAGGAGCUGCAGGACCAUUCCUGUAUCAGGCCCUUGGCCCUCGAGGCUGUUGGAUUUGGGACAAAGACUGGUUAUUCAUCCCUACUUCCUUUGGGAAGAAGGGAUUGAACUGGGACUUUGAGGACCACACGUAGAGAAGGGCUCCCUCACCUGUUCAUCUCGUACCCGAUGCGGGCUCGUCUCCUGCAUGGCCUCUCGGGGGUCUCUGUCACCCUUUUCUGCAUCGCCUUCCUCUCAGGGAGACACAGGAUCCCAGGACUCAGUGGGCCCGGCUCUGGGCUGGGGGCUCUGGGACUCACAGAGGUCUACAUCGCUGUCAAGACCACCCAGAACUUCCACAAGUCCCGACUGCAGCUGCUGCUGGACACUUGGAUCUCAAGGGCAAGGAAGCAGACUUACAUCUUCACUGAUGGAGAGGACCCAGCCCUUCAGGAGAGACUAGGGCCUCACCUUGUGGUCACAAACUGCUCUGCUGAGCACAGCCACCCAGCCUUGUCCUGCAAAAUGGCAGCAGAAUUUGAUGCCUUCCUGGCCAGUGGGCUGAGUUGGUUCUGCCAUUUGGAUGAUGACAACUACCUGAACCCAAAGGCUCUGCUGAAGCUCCUGUCCUCCUUCUCACCCACCUUGGAUGUGUAUGUUGGGAAACCCAGCUUGGACAGGCCCAUCAUGGCUUCAGAGCCAAUGCCCAACAACCAGACGAGGCCAGUACGAUUUUGGUUUGCCACAGGUGGAGCUGGCUUCUGUAUCAACCGAAAAUUGGCCAGGAAAAUGGUGCCAUGGGCCAGUGGCUCCAAUUUCCUGAGCACUUCUACUAGUAUCCGACUACCAGAUGACUGCACUGUGGGUUACAUCGUUGAGUCCAAGCUGGGGCGCCGCCUGCUCCCCAGCCCUCUGUUCCACUCCCAUCUGGAGAACUUGCAGGUUCUUAGGGCUGCCCAGCUCCCAAAUCAGGUUACUCUCAGUUAUGGAAUCUUUGAGAAGAAACUCAAUACCAUUGACCUGGAAGGUCCCUUCUCUGCCCAAGAAGACCCCUCCAGGUUCCGAUCCCUUCACUGUCUCCUCUAUCCUGACACUUCCUGGUGCCCAUAGCAGACUAUCCAGUGACUCCUGACAUCUCUGUAUUGGGACAAAGGCCAAGGGAGGCUUUUGGUUACUGGGUCACAUAUAGAAGAUCCAAGGGUUACUUCCAGCCCAAAGUAUCCUUCUGCAGCAAGCUCCCCAGAGUCCUCUGGUCCUCGGGGAAGAGCAAGGAUAUUCCCAAGGGUGGAGUGUCUUGGUUUCCUGACCUCCUUCAGGAUGAGGUCUGGGUUUGGACAAUGGCUAUCAUCUAAGGCAUCUACUGAUUUCCUCCAUUAAUGGGAUGCCAUUUCUCGCAGAUAACCUACUGAAGUAUUGAGUGGCUAAGGAAGCUGGGAAGAUUAAGUUGGGAGGCGGAAAAGAUUGAGCUCCAUGAAAACAGGAUUAGAAUUAGGGACAAUUUUUUUUUUUUUUGAGAAAAAGGUCCAGGAUGUUUCUCUAUUUUCAUGGAGUGGGAGGUCCUUGUCUGUCUACAAAAGGCAAAACUCUCAGUUGAAUCUUGGGGCAGAGUUGACCUUCUUUAAACCUUUCUUACCUGAAAAAUGAGAGGAUUAGAUUGGAUGGGUUGUCUAUUAGUUCUGCCAUUCCAUAUUCUAAGGGCCCUUAGCUCUGACUGUAUAUUCAGAUCACUCCCACUUUUUCCCAUUACUGAUAUUUCAUGUUACCUUGACAUUCUGUAACUCCCUCUUUAUUAACCCAGACUUUUGCUGGAGCUCUAUCCUCCUGAUGCUGUCUAUCAAUACCUGUGACCUGGUUACAUCUCUCAGUAGAACAAACUGAGAUAUUAGAGAUCAGUCAAAAAUUAGGUUCUUUUCCAAAAGCUUAUGAAUAUAUGCUGGGACCCAUCUUAGGACACUUAUAUGGAUCCCUCUAAGACUCUAAGUGACAGAGAAGUUGCUAAUUUGCAUCAAUAAAGGGAAUUUCUUCAUUUGGGAGUUCCUUACACCAAAGAAAUCACAAGUUCCCUCCCUCCCCCCAAAGCACCUUGCUACAGAGCCAAAGAACAAGAGAGUCCAUUGAGUAGCUGAGUCUGCAGAUAAAAGUCCCAUCCCUCCUACUUUGGCCCUUCUUCUUGUCCUAGACAUCCUUCUCCAGUGAUCAGUACUAGGAUCUAGAGCAGGCAAGGGACCUUGGAAAUGAUAUGGCUUUAGUCUCCUAUUUUGCAGAGGAGAAAACUGAGGCUUUAGAGGGAAAUUAAUUUGCUCAGGUCACACGGGUAAAGUAUAUCAGUUCAGCUUAGAAACCACAUUUUCUGAUUCCAAAUCCAAAGCCCUUUUCAUCACUGGACUUCAACGCCACUCCUAGCUAUGCUGUGCUGUUAUGAUGGCAAAAAAGUAUGUGGGUUGGUGGUAAGGGAGGAAAGGAGUAUCAAGAGGCAGGGACUCUGCUUUACCCUUUGGUCCAAAAAAUGGAAAUGGCUUUGAAUUGGGAUGUGGAGAAACAGGUUACUGUAUGCUUAAAGCUGAGUUAAAUAAUCAGAAAUAUGAGAUAGUAAGGGAGGUCCCUGAGGAUAAUGAUCCUGGGCCUGGCACAUAGUAGGUAUUUGGUAAAUUGAUUGAUUGAUGGGUGUCUGGGAAGAUGCUGGUUGGAUCGGGGAGAGAUUAAAACAUUGUUACUUUAUUGAUGGUGUGUUUUCUCUUACAUUGCUGACAUUUCCCAAUGCACCUUUUCCUCCUUCACCAUGAAAUUCUAUAGCAUCGUCUCCAAUCCAAAAAAAAAAAAAAAAAAAAAAA